GGUGCUUCUUUUGGAGAUUGGAUUGACAGGCUUGAGUUUUGUUUCUUAGCGAACAAUAUAGAUGUGAAUUUAAAAAAAGCUCAUUUUAUAACCCUAGCGGGUCCACUCGUUUACGCAGAACUGAAGCUGCAAUAUCCGGUUGGAAAUUUAAAUGACGUAUCGUAUGAUGAUAUGGUUAAGAAACUUAAGAGUAGAUUUGACAAGAAACCAUCUAGUUUGGUUCAACGAUUAAAAUUUUCUAAUCGAGUCCAGCAACCGGACGAAUCACUCGAAGAUUAUGUUCUGUCUGUUAAGUUACAGGCUGAAUUUUGCUCUUUUGGUACAUUUAAGGAUCAAGCGAUCCGAGAUCGUAUUAUUUCGGGAAUAAGGGAUACCAGUCUUCAAGAGAAAAUUCUCAAUGAAGACGAAGAAUUGAGUGCUGAGGCCACGGAGAAAAUUAUUAUGACGUGGGAAAUGGCCAAGUGUAACGCCAAAUCCUUAGGGAUUGAAAAAAAAACUGAGAGUUUUGAUCUAAUUAACACAGUGAAACCUCAUUAUGGGGCAGCAUUCAGGAAACUAGCAGAUACUUUGGAUGCAGCUAGGGCCAAUCAAGCAGGUCCAUCCAAGGGUUCUGUUAGGAGUAGACUUGGUUUCAAGCCUUAUAGUCGAUACAAUCAUAAUUACAUUGGAAAUAAAUAUGAAUCAAAGCCAGCCGAAUGGCAAGGCCAACAGGAUAAAUUUAGAAAAGAUUACUCUCAAUUUAUUUGUGAUUUUUGCGGUAAGAAGGGCCAUAUAAGAAAGAAGUGCUUUAGACUAAAGAAUUUACACCGAGAUACAGUAAAGUUCGUGGACUCGGACAAGCCUGGAACAAGCACGGAUCGGAACUUAAGCGAGAUGUUUAACAGGAUGAAAGCAGAUGACGUCGAAAGCGAUGAUGAUAAAGGUUACGAUUGGAAGCGUGCCAACUAUGGCACACCGCGCUCAGCUGAGGGCUAUUGAAGUAUUACAUAGAAGGCCAAAUGUAUUAUCUAAAUACAUGCUACCCAAGGGGGAGGACCGUGUUGGACUAAAUAAGAGCAACGAUGAAGAAGGAGAUUUCAAAGGUUUUGCAGAGCAUGAGUUAAAAAGGAAAAGCAGAAAGAGAAAAUUUCCUUCGAUAUUGGAUCCGAUGGAAUUGUCGGAAAUGGAACCUAGACGGUCAAGAAGAAAACGAUC